AUGCCUAACCCGAGCAUGCACAUCAUCGAUGAUGAAGAAUCAGAUUUUGAGUUUGAGAACAGGCCUGUGACGGAGAGUUGCGAUGUCUUACGGCGUAAGAUACGCACCUUGAUCGACAAUGGCGAGAUGAAAGUGGGCGAGUUUCAAAAGGCCGUUGGCAUCACCCCCAAUGCGUACUCGCGAUUCAUGAGCCAGCAUGGGAAGGACAAGGGAGUUGAGUCUUCUGUAUAUCCGGCAGCGUACGCGUUCUUCCAGCAGCGCGAGAUAGCGGGCAUCAAGACGACUGCGAAUAAGAAAGCGAAGAAGAAUGAAGGAGGUGCGGCAAAGGACAGCGUGCCUAGUGUCGAUGAUGUUGAGCUGGAUUUCGAGAAAGAAGACAAAGUACCAGUAUACGAUACAUGCGACGACGUCCGCCAUAAGAUCAACGCACACCUCAAGAAACCCAGCGUAACUCAGGCUGCAUUCCUUCGCGCAGCCUCAGCGUCCUUCCACAACCCAUCCAAGACCCUCAACGCGCGCCAACUCUCUGCUUUUCGCAGCAAGAAAGGGGCGUUGAACGGCAACACAUUCGGCAUCUAUUAUGGUUCGUACGUCUAUUUUGAGAAGCUACGCAUCAAAGAAGGAAAGCCCAAGAGCAAGAAGAGGCAGGAGAUGGAGGAGAUACAUGCCAAGGAUGGCGGAAUCGACACAAAACAUAUGCAGGACCGACUUACUACCCUGGAGGGUGACCACUGGCAUCAUGAUGCUUAUGGGAGGACGAUUCUCAAUGGGGAGAUUCUUGAGUAG